GUCAUUUUGUCACAUUGUGAUUUGUUGUCGUAUACCGUAUUUAUUACAAACCGUACUUAAAAUAUUAAAAGAAUUUAACUUAUAUUGUAUUAAACUCAUUAUAAUAAUGGCUGACGAAGAAUACGAAGCUGAGGAUGCGGGUGCGGAUUACGAUGACAUCGCAGAAGAGGACGAUAACAUAGAGGAGACCGAAGAACAAGAAGAAGAUGGUUUCAAUACCCAGUGUGUUGCUCCGGGCCAAGCUGGUGGUGGAGUAGAGAAGUCCAAAAGAAUUACCACAAGAUAUAUGACAAAAUAUGAAAGAGCUAGAGUUUUAGGUACUAGAGCUCUACAGAUAGCUAUGUGUGCUCCAGUUAUGGUGGAAUUGGAAGGUGAAACGGAUCCUCUACAAAUAGCUAUGAAAGAAUUGAAACAGAGAAAGAUACCUAUCAUAAUACGGAGAUAUUUACCUGACCAUUCCUACGAAGAUUGGAGUAUAGAUGAACUUAUUAUCAUUGACCAUUAAUGCUAAGUAGAAAUAAGAAUAACUUUACAAGACGAAAAGAUUUAUAACAUACUAGCUGUCGCC